AUGGGAAACAGCAGUGGCAGACAUCAAAGCAGCAGUGGCAAAAUGAAGGGAGCAAAUGGCAAACAUCAUAAGCAAACCCCUUGGGCCCGACAUGAAGGAGCAGUGGCAAAACAUCAUGAAGGAACAAAGCAAAACUUUAUAAGCACAAAUGGCAGACAUAAGCCGCAGUGGGAACAUGAAUCAGCCUUUGGGAGGGCAUCAAGAAGCAGCAGUGGCAGACACAUGAAGCAGCAGGGCAAAAAUCUGAAAACAGCCCGUGGCAAACAACAUGAAGGAGCCCGUGGCAACAUGAAAGGGGCAGUGGCCCGACCACAUGUGGAAGAACUGACCAAGAUAGAAGAGCAACCAGAUCAUGACCAACGUACUUUGUACAAUGAAGCCACCUACGAUGAACUGAGAGAAAUCAUUGUCAAGCAACGUGAAGUCAUGCAGAGGAUGUUGCAGGCUGUUCAGGCUGUCAGUAAGAAUGACAACGGCAUAAUCAAAACGGUAGGAGAUAUGAGGCCCGAAGAAGAUGAAGGAUACUUCAACUCGUAUGCUCACUUUGACAUCCACCAUGAAAUGCUAACGGAUCGCAUAAGAACUGAAUCGUAUAGGGAUGCAAUCAUGAAGAAUUCCAACCUUUUGAACGGCAAGAGAGUUUUGGACCUUGGUUGUGGAACAGCCAUCCUGUCCAUGUUCUGUGCCAAAACUGGGGCCAUGGUCACUGGGGUGGAUAUGUCCGACGUUAUCUACCAGGCCAUGGAUAUUGUCAAGUUGGUUUUUAUACAGUUGCAUUCUUUCAAAUGUCUUAUAAAUGAUUCUACUCUUUUGAUUCUUUUUUUUAUAUUAAUUUCAGAUACAUAUGAAAAGAUCAUUUCAUUUUGGAAUGAUGUUUACGGCUUCAAGAUGUCAUGCAUGCAAAAGGAAGUGGUAAAGGAAGCAUCUACUGACAUAGUUAAGCAACAACAUAUAAUCACUUCUGCAGGUAAUAUAUACACCUACCAUCCGACUUACGACCGAGUUCGGUUCCGAGAAACCGGUCGUAAGUCGCUAACACACUCACACAUGCCUGCUAGAUGUCCAAGCCCCUUGUUAUUCUUUCUACCAAUGCUAAUGUGUUUGCUUUUUGGUGUUACAGGUGAGAGUGUGGAAGGGAUCAUCUGUGUGCGUCGCAAGAGAAAAGAGAUCCGCUCGCUGGAUGUCGGAAUUAGUUUUGCCGACCAGAAAUUAAAAUAUUUGGUGGAAUAGAGUCUAGAUUACUUGUAGCUCAUUCAUCUUCAGCUGUAACGCAAAAUACAAAACUAUUAUAAUAAAUAUUUUAUUUGCCCAACUUAAAUAUUUUAGCGGAAAUUCAGCUUACAUACGGGUAUUUUUUUUUUUUGUCUUCUCGUGCUAAUUUUUUAUAUAUAUUUUUUAUGCUGCAUGUCUUGGAUGAGUUACAUAAUAAACGCAAUUGAUUAUGUAAUAAUUUUUGUAAUAAAUCUUUAUUCGUAA